AUGUUUGCCCGGUUCCCCAGGCUUCAGGCAGUAUACUACGAACACUGGAGGGAAUGGAGCGGCUGGCAGAACGUUACAGAUAGAGGUUACCAACAUCUUUUCGAGUCUAUCCAACGAUGCAACGAUAGCCUCAAGAGGCUCGUGGUAUUUGAGAACUUUAAUCAACAGUACCCAGCUAUUGCACAGCGAUUUCGUGGGGAAGACGAAUAUAUAGGGUUGACCAACUUUCGCAAACCCAACCGCGCUAUUAGCCAGAUGGUUGCGCUCGCCAGCCUCAAGCUUGAGCAUCUCGCAGCAUCCUUCAUCGCGGAUGCCAGUUAUUUUUUGGAGAUCCAUCCCACUUGGAAGUGGCCCAACCUAACCUCACUUGUUCUCACUUCAAAGUUACUCACACCCCAUAAGGAUCCGAUCGAGAUUGGAGCCAUGCUUCGGGUAGCAGCAGCGUGCUGA